GCGCGCUGUCUGCCUGCGGUGUCGACAUUCUCACUCUUGCCUAGUCUCUGCCCCUCAACACUUACUGCCACCUAAAUCUUACAAUACGACCCUCGAAUCUUUUUCGCAAAAGCAAUCGCAAACUGCCCGUAUUUAACGACAGACCUCUGGACCAUAGCAGGAGCCGAUAUCGACAUAGUUCAUCGCUGCAUCAUCCCAAAGCUAAAGCGUGUUUGCCUGGCCGCCGGACUGGCCAAUUGCUCAGCUCGUUCUUCGACAACACUCUCUCAUCUCGUCUUGUUCUCCUCAGCGCGACAUAGUCGCUUUCGCGUCGAAUACGCUUGACCGGCAAUAGUCGCUUUUAUUCGUCCUCUCCGCUCUGGUACCAAUCGUACGACUGUGUCAGAAAUGGCGGGGCAGACGACCGGCAACCAGCCCUUCAACCCAUACCUCUCCAACGCACAACAAGAGCUACUCCUUGCCGCAUUGGCUUCCAACAACGCAUCUGCCAUUCGCGAAAAAUCAAAGCCUGUUGCCGACAUGUCCGCUCUCGAAUUUGAAGAUACCAGUCCCUACCUCGACUAUCUGGACGGGGAUACCAGCUUCGACUUCGACGCUUCCGACCUCAAUGGCCAACACAUGUUUGAAAACAUGGACAGCAAUGCCAGUAACAAGUCCGACUCAUCUAAUGGUGACAAGCCCGAUAAGCGCAAGAGUCCGGAAGAAGAUUCACUAGAGGAUGAAGUCGACGCCAAAAGAAGAGAAGGUGAACCAAAGGAGGCCAAGAAGCCUGGCAGGAAACCUUUGACCUCUGAGCCUACCACUAAGCGCAAGGCUCAAAAUAGAGCUGCCCAACGCGCCUUCAGAGAGCGUAAAGAGAAGCAUCUCAAAGACCUCGAGACCAAGGUCGAGGCUUUGAGCAAAGCUCAAGAACAUGACAAGCACGAGAAUGGUAUCCUCCGUGCACAAGUUCAACGUCUCCAAAAUGAACUUGGUGAGUACAAGAAGAGAAUGUCGUAUUCUAGUGGUGGGAUUACCGCACACUCGCCCCCCUCUGCUGGCCGUACCGGUUCCAGAAGCAACAGCAACUCUCAGACCGACUUCCAGUUCGACUUUCCCAAAUUCGGAGCUCUUCCUGGCAACCAACUUUUCGGAAACCGCAUUCAGUCGAGUCGUGAGAAGACUGUCAGUCCUUCUGUCGGUCAGCAUGCCAGCCUACCUAGAUCGAACAGCAUGGGUAGAAACCCGAGCCCUGGUACUCAGAUCAGCAACGGCGACCACCAGAUGAGCUCGAGCAACAACUCUAGAAGCGGUAGCAUGAACAAGGGGACCAGCAGUCCUCUUGCCCAAGUAUCAGCCACCGGCACAACUUAUGCCGAUCUCUUCAGCCCGUCUAUUCUUGGAAACCCGACCAGCGACUUCCUCAUUGGAAAUUCCAACAACGACGCUCGCGCCUUUGCUCAGUAUGCUGAUAACGGCACUGACAGUACGAGUGGUAUUUCGAGAGUUUUCAGAUUCAACAGUGGUUCUGGUUCUGGCUCUGGCACAAACUCCAACCAAUCACCCACGGUCCCUUCGUUGACACAUUACAACACCAACUCGUGUAACACAUCAUCUUGCGGAACCUCUCCCGAAUCAGCAAACUCUCCACCCUCUGAUGUCAACAAGUCAAGCGUUAACGACUUCAACGAUAUCUAUUCUCUGAAGCCGGUCAAUUCUAACAACACACAAAAAUCAGCCCAGAUGAAUGGGCUCAACAACGCCUCAACCCCUAACUUUGACUGGCUCGCCACUCAGAACGGCGGUCAAUUCGAUCCCGUCUUGUUUGGUGAUUACCGCGAGAGUCAGGAUGCCAUCGUUGGGGAUGGUGACUUCAACAGUGGCUUCUUCGAAGCUGCCUUCCCCUACGACCUGAACACACCCUUCGUCAUGAACGACUUCGCUUCUCCCAAGCCUGCGAAACAAACUUCCGCCAGUGCAAAUUUGCUAGCGGAGGUUGAGAAGUGUCGCGAAGGUGGUGACGACGAUAUCUACUUGCCACAGCAGGUAUCCGCUCAACCUGGUCAGCAACAGAUCAACGAGAUGAGCUUGAAGACCGCCGAGAAGAUGCUCAACUGCAACACGAUAUGGUCACAACUACAGUCCAACCAAGACUUCAAGGAUGGCAAGUUCGACCUCGACAAUCUCUGUGCCGAGCUCCGUGCCAAAGCCAAGUGUUCUGAAUCUGGCGUCACUGUGCGAUCGGAAUACGUGGAUGCUGCCUUCAAGAAAUUGUCGGGCACUAACGAACAACCUCCUCUUGACGACUAUCAUGCCACGCAUAACGAGAACGGCGUCGACUAUCUUUUCAAUCAAUACUCGGUCGAUGAAGCGUUGAAGAAGCUAGCAGGCCAAUAAAAAUGGCUUGAGGACAUUCGAUCAAAAAACUUUACGUGCGAUAUGACGAACGGGUUAGGCAUAGCUCUGGAAUAGGAGGAAAUAUUUGGGACGGUGGAUUUGUUUUCGGGA